UCCAGGUGGUGUACCAGAAACAGUAACAAAGAACAUAUAAAUGCCACAGAGAAAGAAAUACGAAGCAAAACGGAUACACUGAGAAUAAAACAAUGAGGAAAUGGUAACCGGAAUAAUAUCGCCAGAAGCAAGAAUAUGUAGAAGAAGAAUCACAUAAUUCGCAACAACAGUAAAAAUAGGAACAACAAAAAGAAAUUUCAUUGAACGUAUAUUACUCCCUCUUUGUAAGAAACAAAAUCUCCCCCACCGUCCCUACAAAUACACCAGCAGCCUUUUCACACUACCAACAAACGCUUAUAUCACCGAAAUAGACAAAAAAAAAGAGGAAGAGAAAUUUUUAACUGAAUUAUGAUGAAGCGAAACGUUGAUGAUGAUGAGGAAGAGGACGAGGAGGAAUAUGAGAAGUGCAUAGAGAUGCAGGAAUUGUCAUUGGAAGAGAAAUGCGAAAAUAUUAGUGAGAUCGCAGAGAAGGCCAUAAUGGAGAGUAAGAAGAGACAGCAAUCUUUGUCGUCAAUAAAUCUGGAUGGAAGUAACCAAAACCUUAUAAAGCUUCCUUACCUUUCGGGUAAUGGCACGGCUUUAAGGACCAUGAAUGAAGCUGAGAGUUCUCCAGUAGGAAGUCUCGGUAAAACCAGAGAAGAAAGAAUCGCCAAUUUAGAAUGUAAGCCAUUGCGAAUCCAAAAUAAAACCAGGAGACCCUUCUCAGAAAUCUACGCAGUUGAUAGAUGCAAAGUAGUAUGUUUCUUCCUUAUGACUCUUGGGAUUUGUUCAGCUUUACCUUACAAUCUGUUGGUCAUCACAGAUACGUAUUUUGAGGACUUCCUGGAUACCCAUGUUAAUGCAACCGCCUUCCAGAUGAUGGCAAUUAAGACAUUUCGACCUUAUCUUUUAAUCACAUCAAAAAUCCCUGUAGUAUUCAUAGUAUGUUUUAACACAUAUUAUACAAAUGGCUGCUGUACAGGUUUAGGAAGAACAGUUUCUUUGAGGCGGUUGAUUACCAUGAUAGUCCUUAUGAUAAUUGCUUCACUUCUGCUGCUCGUUUUUUCCCUCGUCAUUGUACAAGAAUGGAUGUAUAUAUUUGCAUGGUUGUCUCUGCUAUUUGUCAUAUUUUUAAACGUUACUGGUGCUGUGUUCCAAAAUAGUCUGUUCGGAAUAGCUUUUACUCUUCCAAGAAUAUAUUCUAAUGCUGUGCUCAUUGGGAUGAGUACCUGUGGCUGUUUAUGUUUCACCGUCAACACCAUACUGCUGGCCUUUGAUACUCCGUUCCGGUACCUCGUUCUCUCGGUAUUCAUCAUUCUCAUUCUAACAUUCCUGACGUCUCUGCUAAUUUGUUACAUCAUGAAGAAUAUUCAUUUCUUCGAUUACCAUAUCCAAAAAGUUGUCACACCAAACUGGACGUCUGAAAUAAGCUUUUCAAUCCCACCACGAGUUUGUCGACUCAAAUUUCAUAAAAAAGUAUGGUUAACAGGUUUCAAUUUGUGCCUCAUACACCUAACAACAUCUUCAAGCUACCCUACAGUAGGACGACAGGUACACAGAGUGAAUUUUCCCUUUCCAGAUAAAUACUGGACUCUGGUUUUCUUUUAUUUAAUGGUCAAUGUAUUUUCAUUGAUCGGAAAUAUCCUCGGACAGUAUUUAAAGCUAAUGCGGCAUCGGUUUGUAUGGUUAGCGCUUCUCUCUAGAAGUUUAGUUUUCAUUCCUUACUUCAUAUUUUGCAAUUACAAACCAGAAGGCUAUGGUACAAGAACAUUACCUGUGUACUUAGAGAAUGACUAUAUGUUUGUUCUGGGUGCAAUAUUAAUGGCAUUCUCAUCCGGCUACUACACCAGUGUCUGUGUGAUGUACGCACAAUAGUAAGU